GUAUCUGUAAUUUUUCGGUGAUAUUUCUUUUGAACCCAUCUACGCAAAUUAUUCAUCUAUUUAUUUAUUAAACGUGACCGAAUUCUGGAAAUAAAAAAUUACAUUGGCUUAUUUCCUGAAUUUCGUGUAUAAUAUUGAUAUAUUAUAUAUUGAUAUGAAAUGAAAUUGACUUUUUAUGUUGAUAAUCAAGUCCUCUAGCCUCUGAGCCUUGCAGUAGUUAAAAUUAAAUGGACUCUACACUCUGACGCUAUUGGUGUGACUGGCAAAACUGCAAAAUGGAAAAUCAAGUCAGAAAAAGACCAUCAUCAGAUGAAUUGAUUGAUCUUCACAUUUCAAUCGUACCUCCUGAACAUUGGAUUGAAAGAUUAAAUUAUGCAAGUCCGAAAGUUAUUGAUGAAACAUUCUCUGCUGGAUUUAUAAGAGUUCAUCCAGAUCGAACCAUUUCAUCUUUGAGAACUGCAAUUUCAGAGCAGAUUGGUGAUCAUAUAUUUCCUGAAAAAUAUGUCUUCUUAAAACAUAUUGGACGAUGCUUGGCAUUGGUGAAUGACAAACAAGAGAAUCAUUUGAAAGCCAAAAAUUUUGUACCGCCAAGGAAUACUUUGCCUGAACUUUUUAUUCUGCCGAGCCAGCCAAGUUCAUACAAUCAUCAAACUCUGCCACAAACAAAACUUGCCUCACUGGAGAACAACACUGGACAAAGUUCUGUAAAGGAAACAAGACUUCUCAAAAAUUAUGAGUACAAUACUACAGGUCAAGAGAGUACUUCUUCUCACUCACAAUUUUCUGAGCCAAGAGUGUCCAAUAAUGACCCACAUCAAAGAGAGUUGAGAAUGCGACAACGGCCUGUAUUACAAUCCAGAAAUGACGGAAAACAUUUUUACAAUGAUGCUGGCAGUGAAACACUAGGCGAACGAUUCGUAAGUGGUCAAAGUGUAGCGGACAAGCAUAUUUUACCUCCAAACUUGUCGAGAACCAAUACUCCCAAUGCAUAUUCUUCCGCCAAUCCAAACCUAAAUGCCAAGUAUGUUGGUACUCAUGAAAAAGGAUCGAAUUAUGUCUCCGCAUCCAAAAACCAGUCUUAUGAAGAGGUUAGAGGUGAUGAUGACAUGGGGGAAUUAGCCAAAAGAAGAUAUAGAAUGUCUGAUGAUGAUGAUGCCACACCCCUACCAGAUUCGGGAAUCGUUGUUGAGCGACAUACACCUGAUAACAAAAGUCAAAACAUGAUUCAUCAGAAAGAGCAACAAAUUCAAGAUAGUAAUCACAACUCAGAAGAAAACCAAUAUUAUCACCAUCCUCAACAAAAUUCAAACCCAUACCAUCAACACAACCAAUUAUCCACUGAUCCACAUGGCCAACCAAUCACAGACCAAUAUUACCAAUCUACACAAAAUUCUAAUGAACACCCAUCACAAUAUAAAGCUGAUAAUUUACAUCCACAUCAAUUUCCCAACCAUGAUGAAAAUGGUAACAAAUCUCCGAGUGUAUUUACAGAACCAGUGAGUGGCGGUCACACCGGUAAAGAUCAAAAUGGUAGUUAUAAAACAAAUAGGAAUGAGCCAACUAGAUCUGAUCCAAUAAGUACCAAUCCUUCACAAAAUUACCAUAACCAUUCUCAAGCCUCCUUUAAUCCCGAGGAGGAUGACCAAUCCAAUCCGGGAUAUGAAAGCGAAAUACGUAAAGUUCAAUAUGUGAAUCAUGAUUCUGGAUUCAAUGAUAGGUCACAUGAUUCCGAAGAUGAAGGUGCUUUUGUUGAAGACAGGUCAGAAACUCUGCAACAACAGUAUUCACAUCACACAUCAAAUGACAGAGAUCGACGCAGUUUUGUUAAAGGAGUAGCUGAUGACAGGUAUGAUGACUCUAAAAUGAGUUAUCGAAAAACCUUAGAGGCGAAACCAUUACAUGUUUCUAGUUCUCGAGACAGAUUAUCACCAGGUUGGCACAGUGAUGCUGCAAGUGGUAGCGGCAGUCAAUAUUCUGUUAGAGAUUCAGAUGACGGAUCAUUGCUUGACGAUUACCAACCAGUCAGAACUACUUCACAAACCAGGUUUUAUGAUGAAGGAAGGAUUGCAGCCAAUUCCCAACACGAACAAAAUGGAGGUCAUCAGAAUCAACAUGUUGAAAAUACCAGGAAAAAACAGUUCGAAGAGCAACACUUGUAUGGCGCAGAAUCUGAAACAAAGGAGAAUGGUGUCAGAAAUACGGAGCACAAUAAAAUAGCGACUAAGGCAGGGUUUGUGGCAGCUGGGGCAUCUGUAUCACCUGGUGAUUUGUCCGAAGGUAGUCAUGGUAACAGGCCCAAUGUUUUGCAUGAAUCGGCACAAAGGAAUCACGAAUAUGAUCAGCAUUUUACUCCAAAUGAUAAUAAUCCUGAAUCUAACGACCUUCAGAAACAACCUUCAGUUAAUACUCAUGGUGGAGACAUGAAUGGACCUGAUACAAAUAAUUCAGCUAACGGACAACAUGAUCCGCUAGGCCAUGCUUUUCCUGUGAUAUCUCCAGAACAAGCUCGACAACAACAGCUCCACAAUGGAAAUAGAGAGGAGGAUUCUUAUUAUACUUCCGAAUCUAAUCCUCAUACAGAGAACCAUGUCUUGCAACCAGGAACUAAAAAUUUUCAAGAUGAAGGAGCAUCUGAACAAAAUACAGAAAAAAGGAAUCCCUUGAUGAAGAUGUUUCCUCCUGUGAGCACUUCACAUGAUUUUCAAGAAGAAAAACUCAAAUCUUCCACAGACGGCCGUGCGGAUAAUAACAAAAUCACAGAAAAAGCUGUAACAGGAAAUGCAACAGAUAAAGAAAAUCUGCUAAAUAGAGGAAAUCCGGAUGGUAUGCCGAUGCAUUUUGCAAUGCACGCAGAUACAGAACCAAUGCAAGUUUCUAAUGAAGAAAGGAGACGCGACGGGGAAUCCAUCUAUAAUGCAGAAAAACCUGUCAGAGUUGGAACUCCACACUCUCAUCCAAAAUAUUCAGAUUCUAAUCACCAGAAUUUGGAGCUUUUGCAAGAAGACAAACCGACAAAGAGUAUUUCGGAAUCUGACAGACCUGGCCAGGAAUCAUUUCCAAUGAAAACGUUCAAUCAGCGAAGACAAUUCGAUGAAAAAGAAAAUGAAUUCACUGAUUCUGCAAAAACUCAAAACGAGGAUUCAACACACGAAAGCAGAACUUCAUCUGCUGAGAAAAGAAAUCUUGCUAUUCAAAAGCAAAGAUUAUGGAACGAAUUACAACGUAUGAAAGAAAACAGGGCGUAUUUUGAAAAACAAAGACAAGAAUUGGUGAAAAGAGCAAAAAAUACUUCAGCACAAAUUAACCAUAGAAGAGGAGCUGGUAGAGACUUGUGGAAACGACGUUAUUAUAAUGAAAAGAAGAAAACAGCAACAUUAACUGAUCUUUGUGAAAGACUUCAUCAACAACAUGACACUUUCCGCAAGAAAUGGCCAUCACAUCAAGCAGCCACUCUUACACUUUCAAGAGACAAAUCAACAGUAUUGCCUAGAGCUGAUGUGAGACCUUCGGUUAAGAGCAACAGUAAAAUUCAAGCAUCAAGAACUUUGCAAUCUAUUGAAGAUUUGAAGAAAAAAUUGAAUAAUGCAAAAAUCAGAUUGACUGGAGAAGUCAAGUUACGACAUGAAGCAGAACAAGAACUCAAGAACAUGAAACACGGAUUAUUGAACAAGAAAAUACAAUCUCACGUCGCGUUUAGGAAGAUGAAUAAGUAUCGAAGUAAUGUGUAUUACAGUCCAUCUGCAAGAAAUAAAAACGCAGGAUUUCAAUCUCAACUUAGAUAAGAUGGCGGGAGAAUUACAAAGAUGUAUAUUUGUAUAUGAAUUGAAAUCAAUGACUCUUGUGUAAUGUACAUUACCUUUUUUGACAAUACCAAUAUGACAUCCAAUGGAUAUAUAAAAAUGGCCUAUUGUUUGUGUUUUUGUAUAAAAUUCAUUUUGAAAACUGUAAUUUUUAAUCGAAGUAUUAUGAAAAAUUAUAUCACAUGACAAAUUUCUAGUUUUUUGAGAUCUUUUAAAACUCUGUUAGAUAUAAUGAAAUUCUAAUCCGUUCAACAUAUCUUUUUCUCAAAUUUUUUAUUUGUGCCAACGAUUAUCUGAGUUUCAAUUUCUGCUGUAAAUAAUAUGCACAUUAUAUACUUUUUUAGUCACUAGUCUUCAAGUAAUCCAUUUUUGUAUUAUUAUCCGUCCAUUCUAACAUGACCCCUCAAUGAUGUUAUUUUAAUAGUUUGUGAAGUUUUAUGAAAUUUUCAAAUUAGAAGCAAACUAUUAUUUCUCAAUAUUCUCAAAUAGGUACUCCUGAAGUAUGCGCACCACCUGAUGUCGCACAACCUGAACCCCAACCUGAGUUUAGGUUGUGCGCCAUCUUGGUGCGCAUACUUCAGGGAGGUCCCUCAAAUAGCUGGCGAUUUGGGUGUUCUUGGGAUUGAAAGCAGAUGGAAUGGGCAACUCUUUCUCCUUAGUAGAAAGUUUGGGUGCUCCAAAAGUAUAACAGAAUUUAAUUUCUUUCCCAGCUUGCAUAGCAUCAUUAUUCCAGUAAAAAAAAUGAAAGUUGGGCGCAAUUAUUUAUCAUGUUAUAAGUCCAUUAUAUGAAGUUAAAAAUUGACUUAAACAUUGUUUUGAUCAUUAUCAUGUUUCUCUUAAAAAUACUAUAUUGUUUUAUCAUAAUACACAAGAUUUUGGUAUGUAAUUUCACCAUUUUUUGUAUUUUUCAACACUACAUAUUCAAGAUAUAUUGAUAAUAUAAUUCACUGUGAGGGUAAUAUUUUCAAGUAAUAUUUGCUCCCUAUAAUCAACCAAGUAUGAGCGUCAGUGACUGAUAACUGUUAAAAAACAGUUCUUGGAUAAGUUUUUUUUUCGUUGUUCACCCGUGUUCUCCAUUAAUAAUCGUUUUAUUACUACUGUAUGUAUGUGUCGCUCAAUAAAUGAUAAUUUUAGUCAUAUAUGUCACGCAGGAGCAAAGUAUGCAAUUCCUUGCCAAAGCUGUCACACUUGCUAUUGAACCACAGACAAAAAACACAGGGCAAAUUAUUCUGGUUCUGGUUUUGCAAUAGUAGUAUCUGUCCUAUCAAUUUCCAUUUUCUCAAACGCAAGCAGAUUUCUUUAUUUGUUGGUCACUUAUCAAAUGUCCGUUGACUAAAUUACUUACUGGGUUCGUACAGACAACCAAAUGGAAGCCGUGUAUUGAAUACCAUCAAGUGCGAUUGUUUAACUAUUUCAAUCUUCAUUGUAAGAUUAUAAUUGUGUGCCAUUUUAGUUAAGUUCGCAAUAAAAACUAUUUUUUCUAAUUGAUCAGGAAUGUUUUACUUAAUUUUCUUCAAUGUAAAAUUUAAUUCCUUUAUUGAGUAUAUAAAAUGCUAGACCAGAAUAUUACUUCAAAUGUGGCCUUGCCGUACUGAGUUUAUUCUGUAAAUAAAUGACUUUUUAAUAGUGAGAUUUAUAUAUAUAUUUUUGUAAUAAAGCUUUUUGGUGUGGUUGAA